CACUCUUUUAUUUAACUUUGGUUUUAAUAUCGUGGAUCAAUUUCCGUAAGAAUUCGUUAUGAACACCAAACGCACCAAACCGGAUCCGAAGGGGGGCGGCAUUAGGAAGUAUCUUCGAACCACGACGACGGCGGCGGCCGAGGAAACACCUACUUCUUCGAGAAAGAAAGUUCCGGAGGUCCGUCCCGCAAAACAACAGCCGCAACAGAGGAAGACGCUGCAGAAGGAACCCGAGUCGGAUGGAGAAGAAUUGACCGUAAUUGAACAGGAGGAGACCGAGGCAGAGGAGCGCGGUUGCUUCUAUAUGGACCAGAAGGGCAACUAUUACUACAAAGCCGACGAUGAUGCGGAACCGAUGCUGACGAAUCUUGGCACGGAUGUCGGUGAUGCGUUCGGCGAGCUGGACGGGAACUUGAUCAAAGACACGGAAAGCGACCGUUACGUGCUGAUCAUGGACGAGGACGAGCAAAGGUCCACGAUUCUGGGGGAAGGCGUUUCCGAUGGCGACCAGCAGGUGGACGAUAAUGAGGUUUACGAGUUUGAGGAGCAGGAGUAUGUGGUACCAGAGGCGAAAUCAAGAAAGCAAACGCGCAAGAAGAGUGGAUCGGCGGCCGCAUCCACCUACAUGUGCAACUAUUGUAACUACACGAGCAACAAACUAUUUCUUCUAUCGCGCCAUCUCAAAUCCCACUCGGACGAUCGGCCUCACAAGUGCUCGGUGUGCGAACGCGGCUUCAAGACGUUAGCCUCGCUGCAGAACCAUCUGAACGCGCACACCGGCACCAAACCGCACCGCUGCAAACGCUGUGAUUCUUGCUUCACGACAUCCGGCGAGCUGGUUCGUCACGUUCGCUAUCGCCAUACGCUUGAGCGGCCCCACAAGUGUACCGAGUGCGAUUACUCGAGCGUCGAGCUGAGCAAGCUGAAGCGCCACAUCCGGACGCACACCGGUGAGAAACCGUUCCAGUGUCCUCACUGCACGUACGCGUCCCCGGAUAAGUUCAAACUGACGCGCCACAUGCGCAUUCAUACGGGCGAGAAACCGUACUCCUGUGAUGUCUGCUUCGCGCGCUUCACGCAAUCCAACUCGCUGAAGGCACACAAAAUGAUACAUCAAGUCGGCGACAAACCCGUGUUCCAGUGUGAACUGUGUCCGACGACUUGUGGCCGGAAGACGGAUCUGCGCAUACACGUGCAGAAGCUGCAUACCUCGGACAAACCGAUCAAGUGUAAACGAUGCGAUGGUAGCUUCCCCGAUCGGUACUCGUACAAGAUGCACGCCAAAACGCACGAAGGAGAAAAGUGCUACAAGUGUGACUACUGUCCGUAUGCCUCGAUCUCGCUGCGUCAUCUCGAGUCGCAUCUACUUCUGCACACCGACCAGAAGCCGUUCCAGUGUAACCAAUGCACUCAGACGUUCCGCCAGAAGCAGCUGCUAAAGCGCCACAUUAAUCUCUAUCACAAUCCGAACUAUGUGCAGCCUGAACCGCGCGCCAAGACACAUGUAUGCCCGAGCUGUCCGCGUCGCUUUCGGCACAAGGGCAACCUCAUACGUCACAUGUCCCUGCACGAUCCGGAAUCGACCAUGCACGAGGAAAAGAUGGCACUGCGCGAGGGUCGCCAGAAGAAGGUGCAUAUUUUGCUGGAAGAGGAGGUGUACGAGGACGAGGAGGAUGAUGUGUUGGGCGAAGAGGAUGGCGAAGAUGUCGAGGACCAAGAACAGGCACAUACGUCGUCGUCAGUAAGCGAUGUCGUAGCGGGAGAGGAGGACGAUGGGCAGUUCGUGCUGUUAGAAGUCAUACGGCUACAGGACAAAGACAAACCGGAGAAAUCACCAAAGACCCCGACACCGAAGGAACCGAGUCGCCGCUCUCCACGAACGAGACCAGUACUGCCGGAUUCGGCUGUAACAUCCGGAACCAGCAACCGUAAUACAAAACCAUUAUUGCACAACACGAAGCUGGGAAAGCUGUCACUGGAAGUGCGAGGAAACGAGGAGGAUCUGGACGCCGAAAACACCGAAUUGGAGCUGGUUCCACACCAGGACGAGGACGAUGAUGACGAUGGUCAGCAUAUUGUGAUUCAACAGAGUGGCGAUGAAUCCGAAAGCGAGUUUAUCCUCACAGCGGAAGAUUUGGAAGACGCCGAAAUGCUAUUACCGUCACUGCCGGCAACGAAGCGAAGUCGCUACGAUAUUAGCACUAUUCAAGUAACCCAGUCGGAGAUGGAAAAAAACAUGAGCACAUGCUUUGGCUUCGAGGACGAGGAUGAUGAGGAUGACGACACGAUGGAUAACAAGGGAACGAUUACUCUACUUAACUGAAGAGGUAUAAAAGACCGCAUUGCUAUUCUCAGCGGAUGAGAAGGAUUUUACAUGACUCGCUGCGCUCCCUUGCGAGAUAUCUACAUUUUACAUACUUGAUCAAGUUUAGCUUAUGAUGGCCUUUGGGAAGAAGCACCUUUCUUCGAUCAUUUUGCAGUAAAAUUCCAGCAAAAGUGUUGGGUGGUAACACGAAUUCGACCAGUAUGCCUAAACCACGAUUCGGCCAUACUAUGUGUGUAUCCCUCAAGCGUAAAGUAAAAUAAAAAGUAAACUAAUA